AGCCCGAUUGCAGCGCCCCGCCCGGCGCCAUCUCCGGGACGCGCGGAUCCCGCCCAGGUCUCCGCGCGGUGGCCACCACGAUCUGCAGCAUGUUCCACGGGGUCCCCUCCACGCCAGGCCUGGGCGCGCCUGGGAACAAGCCAGAGCUCUACGAGGAAGUGAAGCUGUACAAGAAUGCCCGGGAACGGGAGAAGUACGACAACAUGGCGGAGCUAUUUGCCGUGGUGAAGACUAUGCAGGCCCUGGAGAAAGCCUACAUCAAGGACUGUGUCACCCCCAACGAGUACACAGCUGCCUGCUCCCGGCUCCUGGUCCAGUACAAAGCUGCCUUCCGGCAGGUCCAGGGCUCAGAAAUCAGCUCCAUUGAUGAAUUCUGCCGCAAGUUCCGUCUGGACUGCCCUCUGGCCAUGGAACGGAUCAAGGAGGACAGGCCCAUCACCAUCAAGGAUGACAAAGGCAACCUGAACCGCUGCAUUGCUGAUGUCGUGUCGCUCUUCAUCACGGUCAUGGACAAGCUGCGCCUGGAGAUCCGUGCCAUGGAUGAGAUCCAGCCUGACCUGCGGGAGCUCAUGGAAACCAUGCACCGCAUGAGCCACCUGCCUGCUGACUUUGAGGGUCGUCAGACGGUCAGCCAGUGGCUGCAGACCCUCAGUGGCAUGUCAGCAUCCGAUGAGCUGGACGACUCCCAGGUGCGCCAGAUGCUCUUUGAUCUGGAAUCGGCCUACAAUGCCUUCAACCGUUUCCUGCACUCCUGAAUACCAUGUGGCCCUUGUGCCCUGUGUGGGCCCUGGACUGAGUGUGUGUCAGGAACACAGAGCCCUGUCUCCCAAUAAAGAUGCUAUUCCUCCCACC